GUUGCGGCAGUCAAAACUGUGUCGCUCCCCAGGCUAGAGCUGUGUGGAGCUCUACUGCUAUCCGAGAUAGCCGAAUCCGUGCUUCCAAAGAUGCCGAUGCUGUCAUCGAAACUCCAUUGUUGAACCGAUUCUACGAUUGUGCUGGCAUGGUUAGCCAAACCAGCAUGCCAUUGGACAACGUGAGUGGCCAACAGGGUAACAAAGAUAACCCAAUCCACAGGGGCAGCUAAUAGGUCGCAUGUCCAAUCCGAACAUAAUCCAGCUGAUAUGGCUAGUCGGGGAGUGCCCCUUCAGAAACUGCUGGAUAACCCUCUUUGGUGGCACGGACCCACUUGGUUGCAAACGGCCACGGGAUCAAUGACUGGUGACCGAGGUAGGAAAGCGUGCCGCUAAGGCGCAUGUGGCGUCUAUUCCGACGGAAGAUAUCCUAGAUCGCUUUUCCAUCCAUCGUUAUAUCCAGCGGUGUAGAGACCAUCGCCGCAUCCAGAGGUCCGUUUAGAGGCACAGGAACUUGCUGCCUCUGAACGGCUCAUAUUCAUAUGCACUCAGCGCAGAUAUUUUGCUUAUGAAAAUAGCUGCUUGAGUCAGAAGCGACCUGUGUCCGCGUCAAGUUCAAUCCACUUCUUGAACCCCUUUCUAGAUCAGUAAGGGCUAAUAAGGGCGAGUGGCCGCGUAAAGGCAUCCGAAUGUUUGCGUUAUGAUGAAACGACACCCGAUAAUCCUCCCGUACGAAUGUGCAAUUUCGCGACUACUGGUAAAGUUUACGCAUCUCAUAACGGUAACCAGUUAGUGGUACGUCUCACCCGGUCAAGAUACUGGGCUCCGAAGGGCUGCAAGGCCUGCGUCACCCACAAGAAGAGAUUGCAAGAGAGAUGUCCAGAUGAUGGGAAAUUUUCCGAAAGAGCGAGUAUUCCCGGCCAUUCACGUCCACAGGGAUUGACUUACAGAAUAACACUGGAACAGCUUGUCUCAUCACAAAAGGAUUUGACGACCGAGAAAUUCCUUGUUGCUCUCGCUCGGUUCGUAUCCAGAAGAGGGUGUCCUCUUUUUUUUACAAGCCGUAAAAGAAUCUGUGACUUAUGUGUAUAGUCAUUAGCAGCUCAACCACAUAUGGGACGCCUAUGAGAAGCGAGUAUCAAGAGCUUCAAGACCUUGUUUUACAAGUCCAGCCCUACGCGGAAGUACACCUUAGAAAAGCUGUCCACCCUCCUAGCAAAAACCGAAGCUUGUCUAAAUUCCAGACCGCUAUUUCAUUCUGAACCAGUGGUCUCUAAAGUCUCUCCAUCAACAAUUCCGCGCUCGAUGGAAGGGUGAGUAUCUAAAAGAGCUUCACAAGCGCAACAAGUGGCAAUUUCCCACGGAAAAUCUCCGCGACGGUGACAUGGUCGUCAUCAAGGACGACAAUCUGCCCUCGAAAGAGUGGCGACUAGGUAGAAUCGACUUCGUCUUUCCAGAAGCUGAAUACAACUUCCGCGUAAUCGACAUUCGAACGGAACGUAGCGUUGUCCGGCGUCCAGUAACUAAGGUUGUUCACCUACCGGGACAGCCUUCCACAUCUACUACUUAGUAUUUUAUAUUCUGCUAUCCAUCGACAAUUAGCACGCACCACUCCAGUAUAAAACAUCUCCAUUUGUUUCUUCUUUUUCCAUGAUUCAUUCUCAGCUUUAUUAAAAAUGGCCCCACGACAACGCAGCGACCAAGCAUUGUUGAGCAGACGUACUCGAGGUAAGCAGACCUACCGAUGCCGAGUCUGCCGGGGAAUUCAUCCUCUGAAAAGGUGUCAGAGGUUCCGAAAGCUGAGCGCGGAGAAGCGGCUCCGGGCGGUGCUUACCAAUAAGUACUGCUCGAAUUGCCUCGACCAUGAGCAUUCGCAAGGAAACUGUCGUAGGUUUCCAACUGGAGUCACCACACUCUGCUUCCCAUGACAGAGCCUCCCAGCGCCCAGCGGUGUUCCGCUUCUCGGCAGCGCUCGCGACGGCAAGAUCCGCCAACUCGCAGAGCGCUCGCCUCGACACCGGGUCCAUCGCUUUUUGUUUUACGGCACAGUGUACACGUCCUGCCGACAGCUAUGGUCAAGCUGGAUACCGGGCCGCCCUUAUCGACCCGUGCACCCCGUCCACCUUUCGAUUGCCGACAACCAGUGUCGGUGACGAGAGGAUCUGCUCGGCAACGAUUCGGUCGAAGGUCUAUGAAGGGACCAAGUUGGAGGUGGUCCUGAAGAUUGACCCAAACGUCCGCAUCCGCACCCCGAUCCGACCGCUCCCCGAAACUAUCGUCGACAAAAUUUAAGGAUCUCCCACUUGCCGAUAAGCGGCUCUUCUUGCGAGGACCAAGAACGUUGCAACGCCAGUGGUUGCAUGGGGGCGGAAUGUUUUGGCAACGAAACGGGGUUUAUGAUCCGCUCUCCCUCUCGUCCAUGCUCGCUUCCAGUGUUCCAGUGUUUCAGCCCCCACAGCGAGCCGCCGCAAGCUGCCUUCAGCAGGAGUUGACCCCCAACGAUGUCUGCAGAUGUAAUUUAAAUUUAUAAAAUUCGAGCCACCAGUUUAUUAAAUUACACGAAAUACUGCUUUAAUAGAAAUAUAUAAGAAAUAGUUUUUUUCAGCACUCGUAUUUUUGCUUAAGUUUACAUAUCGUAAAACGGGACCUGCCAAUACAUUAUGGCUCCAUUUUUUAAAUACGUGUAGACCUCGGAUAUGCUCCCAACCUAUGACGGUAAUUAGGUCUUCCUUUUCUAAACAUUUCUGUAUUAUAGAUUUAAUGAUUUUGUGAUAGUUAGCGAGAAAACUCUCAAAUUAAACCGCCCCAGUUCCAAAUUCCACUAAUUCAUCAACUCAUCUGAGCUAGAUGGACAGACAUACAAACUUAAGCAUUCAUUAUAGUUAAAACGACAAUUGUGAGAAGAAUUUGUAAAUGUUUAUAAUAUAAAAACCUUAAAAUGUACUUUAAAAUAAGGAUAAGAGUAAGAAUAUAUCGAUGGACUAAAGAAUUAAGGUACAAAUAUUUUUCUGCGGAAAUGCGUGUGUUUGUGCCUAACCGAAGUAGACACUUCCGGGUCACACCGCGGGACAA